ACAUCCUGUCUGCUGAUCACAGUUUUUUUCUGGGCAAUAACAUUCAUGCCCACUGUGUUUGAUGUUGACUAUUAUUUAUUCUUGCUCACAAUGGUUGUUGAGUUCCUUCAGAUAAUUGAGAUCAUCCUGAAGUUUCGCAUUUGUUAUUAUGAUGAUAGUGGAACCUAUAUUUCAGAAUACAGAUCAACGUCCCAUAACUACAUGAAGAGGAAAGUGGGAUUUGUCUUUGAUAUGGUCUUUUCAUUUCCAUAUGGCCUUAUAAUAUUUCACCAGAUGAAAAAAGAUCCGGCAACAUUCUUGCCUAUGAUUAUUUAUGUCCGGAUUGCUCACUUGCCACGCAUUAUUUCACUAUUAGUGUUUAUGCGGAGAGAAGAACAAUCAUUAACAAAUAAUCUUCUGUGGAUUAGGAUGAUCAAGUACUUUGUACAUUCCUUCCUCUUUGUCCACUGUGCAGCAGUUCUCUGCAUUUCAUUUGUUGACAGUCAUGGAAUAAUGUCAUGGGUUGCUGAAACAGAGGUCUAUGACUUCACUGAUAUGUAUAGAUACGCCACCUACUGGAUAUUACAGAUUUACACAACAACAGGUUAUGGUGAUAUAACGGCAUCAAACCUUGCAGAAAUGAUUGCAUGUGUUAUGAUAAUAAUUCUAUCUAAAAUUCAAGUGAUUUAUAAAAUGGGACUUCUCGUCGCUACACAAACCAACAAGAUGACACUGCAGGAAGCCUUUGAGGAAAAAUUGCAGACUAUUCAGGCACACCUGAUGCAUGAGAGAAUCCCAUCUACAUUACAAAAUCGAGUGACGCAGUUUUAUAGUUAUCAUUGGAACCGCACUAAAGGGACAUGCGCUGAGGUUUUGUUCAAAGGUGUCCCCCGCUGUUUGAAAAUGGACAUUGUGUCAAGAAUCUGCAUGCAGCAUUUAAAGAAGCAUCAUUUAUUCUCCCACCUAAGAGAACCUGUCAUGAGGGAGCUUUCCACAAGAAUUCGCUUCCAGUGUUUCCCUGUUGGAGAAUUUAUUUACAAAAAGGGAGACAUUGCCACUGGAAUGUACUUGAUAUUAAUUGGCAAGGUUAAUCUGUGCCUGGACACAAGAGGUAAAAACGUCUUCCAGCGUCUCUCUGCUGGAGCAGCUUUUGGUGAUCACUUUUUAUGGGAACAUAAACACAGUGACACUGCCAUAGCUGCAAACUAUGUGGAUAUUGCCAUACUCUCCAAAGACGCUUUGGAAGAUGUGGCUCUCUUAUGUCCAUCUGUUGGCAAACUGUUAAAGAGAGCUGCUGAAAUGCCACAGCUGUAG